UACGUACAGCAGCCAGCCAAUGGGGCGCGAGACCAUAUCCUCUUGCCCCUAUAAAACCCGCGCCCCGUCCACGCAAACUCUGAAACCCGUGCGCCACUCGACCGCUCAUCAUCAGGAGGCAGCGAUCGAGAAACUCGCAGACCGGCCAUGGCACCGCAACGACGUGGCGUCGUGCCGAUGCUGCCGCCGCUUCUUCUCCUGGUGCUCUCUAUGAGCUGGUGUUGCGGCGGCGGCGGCUCCGCGGCGCGGCCAGCACCUUCGUCGUCGUCGCCGGACUCCGUGCCGGGCUUCGUGAGGUCGUGGUGCGCGGCGACGGAGUACCCGGCGCUGUGCGACGCGACGCUGGCGCCGUACGCGGCGGCGGUCGGGUCCAGCCCGGCGCGCCUGUCGUGGGCGGCGCUGACGGUGGCGCUGGGCGGCGCGCGGGCGGCGACGGCCGCGGUGAAGGCGAUGGCGGCCGCGGGCCACCUGGCGCCCUUGGGCGCCGAGGCCGCGCGGGACUGCGUCAGCAUGCUCGGGCGCGCCGAGGACCUGCUGCGGCAGUCCGCGGAUGCCAUGGCGCGGUUCGGGAAGGAGCGGCAGGGCGGGCAGGCCGCGAGCAGCCGGGACGUGCGGUUCCAGGUGGACAGCGUGCAGGCGUGGGCGAGCGCGGCGCUGACGGACGACGACAUGUGCGUGGAGGGGUUCUGGGCGGAGGCCGCGGGCGGCGGCGGCGCGAGGGAGGCCGUGCGCGGGCACGUCGUCGACGUCACGCACCUCACGGUCAAUGCGCUCGGCAUCGUUAACGCCAUGGCCAAGCAGAUGGCCUAAGGGCAAUCCCAACCCCAAAACACUACUUGCAGUUUCUAUACUUGCCAUAUCAUAUAGAUACUACUUAUAGAAAUUACAUCCCCAAUGGAUGGUUUCUUUAAAAAAAUUGCAAUCCAAUCGUAUCUCUUCUCCCUCUUUUCUCCCUCCAAUCCUCUCUUAUUUUGGCUUGUUUUUCGGAUAGAUAUGGUUUCUUGCAGGAGACACAAUUUCUUUAUAGUUUUUCUCUCCUCAUUAACUCUCCUGUCGUCUCAGUUUUUUGCUUACAUAACAACGUAUUUUAUACUAUGGAAACCAGCUGAGUUGGAGAGUUGGGACUGCCUCAAGGAGUUGUGGUUGUUGCCCUCGUGCAUAGGCAUGUGUCGUCGUGUGCCUUGUGCAUAAGUACGUAUAGUAUUGUAUA